CACUGAGAACUGCCGCCUUACACCUGGUAUAUAAGCCCAGACGAACGCCUUAACCCCAAGGAAAGCCCCACUCUGCUCAAGCGGCGAACAGCGGUUUCUUCUUGUUCCGGAUCGGUCCUUCACCGUCAACAUCAACAUGAAGUUCAACAUAGCGAAUCCAACCACCGGUUGCCAGAAGAAGCUCGAGAUCGACGAUGACCAGAAACUUCGGGCAUUUUUCGACAAGAGGAUCUCACAAGAAGUCAGUGGAGAUGCUCUGGGUGAGGAAUUCAAUGGCUACGUGUUGAAGAUAAUGGGAGGCUGUGACAAACAAGGGUUUCCAAUGAAGCAGGGAGUGCUGACUCCUGGUCGUGUUCGUCUCUUGCUUCAUCGAGGUACACCUUGCUUCCGUGGAUAUGGUAGGCGGAAUGGAGAGAGGAGAAGGAAGUCUGUUCGAGGAUGCAUCGUCAGUCAAGACCUCUCUGUUCUGAACUUGGUCAUUGUGAAAAAAGGAGAAAGUGAGCUGCCUGGUUUGACUGACAUUGAGAAGCCGAGAAUGAGAGGUCCAAAGAGGGCAUCAAAGAUCCGGAAACUUUUUAACCUGUCGAAGGAGGAUGACGUUCGGAAGUAUGUCAAUACAUAUCGCAGGACCUUCACUACUAAAGCUGGGAAAAAGGUCAGUAAAGCUCCGAAGAUCCAGAGGCUAGUUACACCAUUGACAUUACAGAGGAAGCGCGCGAGAAUCGCUGACAAGAAGAAGAGAAUUGCCAAGGCAAAGGCUGAGGCAGCUGAGUACCAGAAGCUUCUCGCUACCAGGUUGAAGGAGCAGCGCGAGCGCCGCAGUGAGAGCUUGGCUAAGAAGAGAUCUAGGCUGUCAGCUGCCUCAAAACCUUCUCUUGCGGCGUAGGUUGUUUUUACCGUUUGAUCAAUUUCGGUCAAGCAAGCAGUUUUAGCUCAGGCAAUUUUGACAGUUGAGAAUUCAGGGGAAUUUGUCAAUGUGGAGUGGUUUAUUUUAUAGCCUUGUUAGCUCUGCCUCGGAAUUGAGGGACGUUUUAUCAUUGGUUUAUUGCUGUUUCUUAGUCUUUGAACUUGAAAUUUCAUUUUUAGAAAGUUGAGUUGGCACA